CAAGUUUAGCGUGUUGCAGUUCAGUCAGUUAUAAAACCCCCUCAUCUCCUAUGGGACUUUCUUUCUAUACUUCUUUGCUUUAGAGGAUUAGAAGUAAAACACAUGUUAUCUUAGAAGUGUAAUUAAAAAGGAAAUAAAAACAGAACAUUGCAUUUUGGGGUAGAACAGACUCACAGGAAGCUUCAAACUAGUUAGAAGACAUCAAUUUUUCUGUACCUGGUCAGCUGCUGUAUCUUUGGAGGAUGCUGUCAGAAGGUUACCUUCAUAGAAUCACCUACCUUUGGGAAGACCUGCAGCCUGCGCUCUAUGAGAGUCUGCCUGAUGAAGGGGUGUAUGAAAUGAGGCCCAUUAAUUAUUCUUCAGUUGAAGCCCAAGGAAAAAGCCUCCUUCAGAGAUGCAGAUCUGCUGGCAAGUGCAUUUCCUCAGUCUGCUCUAGAGGUAGCAAGCACAGCAGAAGGCAGAAGGACAAUCUCCCACAACCUGUCCAGCACCCAACACCCACAGGACAGCCACCUCCAGCUACAAAUGUCUGUGAGGAGCCGACAAAACAAGUCACCUACCUGGUUCCACCUUCCUGCAAGAGCAUUUGCAAGAACUACAACGACUUGCAUAUAGCUGGGGACUACGUGGUGCCAAUCAGCUCGGUCACGACGGAUUUUGCUUGUGACAGCGGCAUUGGCCCCUUCUUGGAGUCCUCAGAGAUUCCUCCUGCCAUGGAGUCUGUGAAGGCUCCCCCAGCAAGUGACACCAUCCGCAGGCCGGGCCAGGGCCACUCGUCGUGCUGGCGGCUGGCCAGCCUCGGGCCCCACCAGCAGCCCCUCUCCGACUCCGCCCUGAACGACUACCUGGAGCAGAAGCUGGUGGAGCUGUACAAGCAGUACAUCAUGGACAGCACGGCAAACAGGGCAUCCCCCACCCAGAUCCUGGCCUCGGAGCUAAUCAUGACUAACGUGGAUCAAAUCAGCAUGCAGAUAUCACGGGAGAGGAACAUGGAGACUGUCAAGGCCAAAGACAUUGUCAUUAGCCGCUUCUUACAAAUAGCCAGUGGGAAAGUUUCCUCAGAAAUGAGCACGCCUACUCUGCAUAUUUCCCAGUAUAGUCACAUUAAUGCUUAGUGUUUGAAUGUUAGAAAGUUAUGCUCUUCAAAGUUGGUUUUUAGUUUCAUAUACUUUCUGCUUAAUAAAAAUGGAUUUAUCAUUCACCACUUAAAUAAAACCUUUCAGUACAUAUUAA